AUGAAUUCUACACAAGAGCCUAACACCACGGAGCAGCAAAAGUCUGCGGCGAAAUCAGGAACCACUGCUGCAGAUGAACGGUUAUUUGAGCUGGCCGACGCCGGGGAGAUGGAUGUUCUCUUGGGAUGGCGCACCUGGCUAGUGGUGUUCAUCUCAGCGUUUCUCACGCUCUUCAUGCAGAUCUUUACCACCGUCGCAGCCCCUUCGGUCAUCGCUUUCAUCGUGCAGGAUAUUGGCGACCAGGCUAUGUCUGCCUGGGUACUACAGACUCCGUUGUUGAUCCAGGCUGUCCUGAACCCCAUCAUUGGCCGCUUGUCCGACGUCCUGGACCGAAAGAUGCUCGUUACGCUCACACCAAUCGUCGCCUUCGCCGGGUCUGUAAUGUCUGCCAGAGCACACGACAUGAAUCUGUUGAUUGCUGGCGGCGUACUCUACGGCGUCACCUUGGCAACCAUCGGAGUCGUCGGGACCAUUCCAGCAGAAAUCUUACCACUGAAGUAUCGAACCCUGGCCAGCGGUAUUGGCUUCGUGGGUGGUGCAAGUGGCGGCCUGGUUGCUGGUCUUGCCGCUGGUGCCUUCUGUAGGACUCCAGGCGGGUGGCGGAACAUGUUUUGGGUGCAGGCAGCAUUGCAACUCCUUGUGUCUGCGAGCUUCUUUAUCUUCUACUCGCCGCCCAAAGUCGAUCGGGAGAUCCCCAGGAUGAGAAUCACCGAGAUUAUCUGGGCCUGCGAUCCAGUUGGUUCAUGCCUCUACAUCGGUGGUGCGACCUGCUGCCUGAUGGCGCUCAACUGGGCGUCCGGCCUCUAUUCCUGGUCCAACCCGCAUGUAGUGGCGCCCUUGACUAUCGGCAUCGUCUGCCUCUUGCUAUGUGGUGUCUAUGAAUGGAAGGGCAGAGCCGACGGCCUCCUAGCGCAUGUCUUCUUCGAAAGGGGACUCAACUUCCCGCUCGCACUCUUCAUAACCAUGGUCGAAGGCUGGAUAUACUACAGCGCCGUCAACACCAUCAUGAACCAGAUGACGUUCUAUCUGGGGUGGGAAACGGACUCCUUGAUCAUCGGAGUGCGCCAACUCGUAUACAGUGGCCCUACCAUAAUAGCCUCGAUCGUCAUCAUUUGGUACUCGACUAGAUACAAAGACCUCAAAUGGCCGCUGGUGAUCUGUUUCACCUUGUUCCUCGCCACGGCUGGCGCCUUUGCCGCCAUGAAACGAGACUGGAACUACGUCUCCCUCGGCAUUUCAGCCAUUGCCGGUGUCGGACAAGCUGGGCCGCUUAUUUUGCUGAUUGCUGUAGUGCAGUACGCUGCACCGCAUGCAUUUCUCUCCACCGCCACAGGUCUGGCAUUUUCGAUUCGAGCCAUAGGAGGUGCUUUUGGCUCGGCGGUUCUGUACACCAUAGUGUUCGGCCACGUAAAGUCACAUUACGGCACCGCCGUCGCCAAGGCAUCCAUUGCCGCAGGGUUGUCACCCGAAGAGGUGCCCAUUCUAUUGUGUGUCAUGGCAGGGGGCAACGGCCCUCCAACCGAAGCCCUCCUUGCCCGAGUCUUGUCACAAGCUCUACCGUCCGCCACUCUGCCAAUCAUUCGGGCGUCGAGGACUGCAGGACAGGUCGUCUACGCCCGAGGGUUCCAGUUGGCUUGGGCUAGCACUGUUCCUAUGAUAGUCGUCUCCCUUGUCUGCUGCGCGUUACUACAGGGAGUAGAGAGAUUGAUGACCGACAAGGUAGAAUCUCCUCUCGAGAAGACACAGAGAGACUUGGAGGUCAAGAUAACGACCAGCGCUGAAGCUGAGCACUGA